AAAUAGAUAGAAACAAAUUCAUGAUGAAAUAGCAGAGAGACAAUAGGAAUUGAUAUUUAAAGGAAAUAUAUAGAUUUACAAUAAAAAUUAGAGUAAGAGAGAGAAUUAGAAAAGAAGGAGAGAGAGAGGAUAAAAUAUAAAAGAUCAUGAGUGAUUUUUCAUAACCAGUAAUUAAGAAUCAAAAGAUCAAAUCAAGUAAAAUCGUAUUUAGAAAUAGGGCUGAAGAUGAUAAAAUGAUGAAAGCUAUACUAAUGCAAAAUCAAAUAGAAUAAAAUGAUGAAGAUCAAGAAAGAAGAUAACCUAAAUAACAACAAUAGGAAAUGAGAUAAUAUUUAAUCAAGUAGAUGGAUGAUAAAAAGAAAACAUAAAACCAUUAUUUAAGAUAGAAAGUAAAAGAGGAGGAAGAAUUAAAUAAAAAGUAGGCCUAAGUCUGUUCAUACGAUUUAUAAAUGUAUUAAACACAUGAAAAAUAAAAAUUUAAUUACAUAAAGGAAGCAUCAAGAUACUUUAAAAUAAUAAAUAGACGAAAGAAAAUCAUAGUAGCGACCCAGAAAUAAAAUGAAUAAUGAGGAGUUA